ACUUUUCUUCGACGUCUUCGGUACCUGCGUCGACUGGCGGAGUACCGUGACAGAUGCUCUGGAGAGCGCCUGCAGUCAGGCUUUGAACAGACCUACAUCUUCGAUUGCGACGCGAAUCCGGCUGAAGACAGAUGGACUGGUUCGUUCUCCAAUCAGCAGUCUUCGGCAACUUGACAUUGACGUCGGCUACACCAGACCAAGCAGGACUGGGGCAGCAUUGCUCAAGAAUGGAGAAACUCCUACCUUAAGUUCACACGAUCGAUAGCCCGUGACCCGACGAUACCUUACAAAACCGUUGACCAACAUCAUCUGGACUCACUGCGAGAGAUCUUGAUCGCGCACGAGUUGAUCCUCCCAAGGGAAGGCGAUGUUCCUGCUGAGCUUGUGCAUGAUGGAUCUCUCUUCGAUGAGCAAGACCUCGUCAACCUCAGUCUGAUUUGGCACAGAUUGGCUCCGUGGCCUGAUACUGUGCAAGGUCUUCACGAUCUCAACAAGAAGUUCUCGACGAUUACGUUGAGCAACGGAAAUGUCUCUCUUCUGGAGGAUAUGGUCAAGCAUGGCAGCAUGCCUUUCACGCACAUUUACUCUGCUGAGAUGUUCCAGUCGUACAAGCCUAGUCCGAAGGUCUAUCUCGGUGCUGCGGAGAAGAUGGGCCUGCAGCCGGCUGAGUGCAUGAUGGUCGCGGCUCAUCUCGACGAUCUGAAGUACGCCAAGCAGAAUGGAUUCCGAACGCUCUACGUGGAACGCUCGCAGGAAGAGAGGCAUCCUGAGUUGCUAGACGAGGGCAUCCCGGAUGUCUGGGUGAAGCUGGAUGAGGAGGGUUUUGUAGAGGCUGCUCGGAAGCUGGGCAUUGGGAGCUCGUAGAUCGUAGCGACAGUAUAAUGAACACGUGGUUACGAUGUUCAUCGAACUGCACGAUCCA